AAAUCUUACAAAAUGGCUCCCUCGAAAUUGUUCCUGCCCGAUGCCUGAAUACAGGAAGUUAUCCGUCUAUUACACUAUCUCCGCUCGCUAUAAAUGGAUGGAAUUAUAACGCCAUGAAUAAUCAUGGAAACGGGUGAGGAUGUUCUGGCAUCGGAAGAAUCUGUACAAGGCGGCGUGAGCAAUCAAGAAGGAGGCGUUUUCCAUGUAAAUGCUGCUGGCGGUCGUGAUCUGCGAAGCAGCCGCAAGAAAAAGUUAACGCGAAAGGUUUCUUUUCCAGAGGAUUCUCAGCUGGUCCGAGCUUUAGAUCCAGUAGAUCCAUGGGAACAUGGUAAGUAUUUGAGUUUGUCUGGUUUUAUUUUUUCAAAUACCGAAACAGAGACGGUCAUCAUAUUAAAGCUUCAAUUUUUGUGAUUUUCCAAUAUUAUAAGUGGUUUUGCCUCGAAUGACAGUGCAGAAUCAUAAAAAUAUUGGUCUUCGCGUAAUCACGUUUGUGAUAAAACGUUUUCUCUUGGGAUGUGUAAAAACAUAUUGAACAGACUUUGGUAGUGAUGAUUUCCUAUAAUUUGCUUUUUGUCGUUGUUUACUUGUAUCUGUUUAAGGUCCACGGGGCACGAAAAAAAUACUAUUGCAAGUCACUUGUAAUAGGCUCUAAAUGUGAACAACUCAGCUUUUUAAAAUUUAAUUUGACAUUUAUAUUUUUCAUGUAAUAUGCUGUGUCCGGUAAUUUUUUUUGUCGGGUUUCUGUUAAAUCAUGUGCUUGAAAGAAAACAAUAUAUUAUGUUACAAGCGCGAUAAAAUGGCAACUGAAAAUUUCCGACGCGUCGAUGUUGUUUACAUGACCGAAAAGUCUUCGACGUAAGCGGUGGUUAACUUUAACUUAACAUUUAUGUGUUAAAUAAUGUUAAUAGAAUAGUGCACGUUGUUGUCACGUUUCACUUCUCCUUCUUCUUGGAAUUACAUAAUUUCAUCCACGAUCAAAUUAUGAAGAAAACUUCAUCAGGAUCUAUAGUGAAAUGACCUUGACCCCGCUGGUAAGGAAAUCAAACUUCGAUGUCUAGAUUGAAUGAAAAAUUUCUUUUUAUAACAGUAUUUUGUCUUUCAAUUUCAAGAGCCUUACUGGUAUUUACAUACAUACAUGCACACACACAUCUAGCUGAAUUUUUGAAAACGUUUCCCCCAAAUGGACCUUUUUUGUGUCCAACAGUUUUCUUUUCAGCCUAAAGCAAUCUCCAAAGUAACCAAAUAACAACUAAGAGUGCAAUCAUUGCCUUUUUCUCUUCUCCUCCUUUCUUCCUCCUUGCUCUUUCUUUUUCUCCUUUCCCUUUCCUUCGUCAGUGUGAUUUUGGAGCUUAGCUGGCCCAAAAAGCCUGUAUUUUGACACCGUCUCACUUAACUGAUGGCAAAUUCCAUUUGGUUAGUUUUCAAAAAAUCGGCUAGACAUACAUACACACAUACUGUUAUUUGUUAAAGCAGGUUGAGGAUUAACGCAGCCAUAGGCUGAUGUACAUGGACCUGCUAUCUAAUAAUUACUUACAAAGAAAAUAAAGUAACAUGUUAGUAAUAAAAUACAAGUAUGUACAGUCAGUGAAAUAAAAAUGCAGAUGGUUUCUAAAAUUCUAAGAAUACAGUUGAACCCCGCUAUUUCGAAGUCCCAAGGGAAAUGGAAAAAAGUUCGAAAUAGCGGGGUUUCGAAAUAACCGGGGAAGCGUAAAAUUCGUAACAACAAACGAUUUUUUAAUAAAGUACAGUAUGAAGAAAGACACUGAUUAAAUAAAAACACAGUAAUUCAGUGUUCACACAUGGGUAUUUCAGCCGGAAGAACAGUUCACUAACGGUGCGUUUUGUUUUGUAAUUGAAUAACACAGCUGGAAUUUCUUAGCGGGACACUGCACGUGAGUCAAGCAUUGUUAAGUCAUUAAUUACGCAACACGAGCUCAAAUAAAAUGCAAUACAUUUCCAGCUGUGCUCUUAUGUACGUACUCUGUUUUGGACAAGUUCGAAAUAACGGGGUCGAUUUAAGGUGUAGGGACAGAACGAUGAGUUCGAAAUAGCGGGGAAUUCGAAAUAACCGAGUUCGAAAUAGCUGAUAGUAAAUGACUGAAAACAUAAGGGUAAAUCCAAGGGAAUUCGAUCUUCCUUCGAAAUAGCGGGGACUUCGAAUUAACCGAGUUCGAAAUAGCGGGGUUCGACUGUAUAUAAAAUUGUCACUAAUUUUCUUCACUGCCUGUAUGUAAGCAGAAGGUUAUAUAUAAUCUGAAGAUAGACUCCAAAACUCUGUAUUUCAGUAUACUGAAAUUAAAAUAUAGUCUUUCUAUUUUAAAGCACAACAAAGGCUAAAAGAAAUAUGCAUCGUUAAACAACAGCCAUAAUAACUGCCACAGAAUUUCCAUGAAUGAGAUAUUUCUACAAAUACACGUGUUCAGAUGAAUCGAUCAAUCUUUGCAUCCUACGGGAUGCAUGCCAUGAAUUAUUUUGUCUUUGGGUAUUUUUAAGCAGCAGGGACGCAGGGUGUAGAAGUAACAAAAUCACUGUAAUAUUUGUAUCAGUCUGCCACGUGAUUUACCAUUCUAUGUCUAGUCUAAAGUAGGAUGGAUAUUGUCUGUACUGUUGUAGGCUAACACAGCACUCUCAACCUAAAAAAAUGAAAUCAAAGUAAAUUUAUAUGUUGAUUGUUUUUGUUCUGUAGAAGAAUAUAAACUGGGCAGCAUUAUUCAGCAGUUCCUAUUUGGUUUCAUCUGAUUAAAUCAAUCUGAAUGCUGAAAUCACUGUCUAACAAUUAUUGUUAUGUUUUUUAUUUUGUUUCAGGUGGAAAUCACAGCAAUAAGGAAGUAAUAGAUGCCUACAGAAACAUCUGCUCAAGGCUGAAGAUCAAACCAUGCGAAAAACUUAUUAAACAGCUUGAGGUAAACUACUGGUGCAUACAUACACACAGAGAAGUGGUUUGAAGACAAGAAUAAUAUACUAAUAAUUUAAUGGCUUUAAAUAUUUUUUUGCACAAGUCUUAGAGCUAAGACAAAAGCUCUUUUCCUUUUCAUAUAUAAUAGCACAUCUUAUCAAGAGCGUUUGUUUUGUUUUACCAGGCAUGUGAGAGUUUUAAAGACAGAAUUGAUGUUAUAGACCUAAGAGGUAUGAGUAACAAGUGAAACAGGGGUCUACUGUUGCAUUUAAUCAUAUAUUGAAUGAAAGUGUGGCGUGAAAGUGUUUUUUCACAGCUAAUAACAUUGCUACCCAGUUGCACAGUCAUUCUAGACUACCUUACCAAUGUACCCUAUCUACUCUAUACAUUCAUGCACUGUAGGAUAGAGGUUGAUUGAACAUGAUGAUGCAAGUGAUUUUCAAGUUAAAAGGAAACCAAAUUAUUAGCUGUCCAUUAGAUACGCAUUAUGAAAAUCGCAUUGUCCACUAGAUAAAGACAUUACAUAGCACUAUCCAGUCCUUUUGAACAACUUGGCCUGUAUGUUGCAGAAAAUGGGAACAUGUGCAAUGGGUGCUGGUUUCAUGCAUUUCUUUGAUUUACGAAACUCAAUUUAAUAAGAAUAGGUAAACAGACACUCCAAAUCCUUAUAAUUUAAUGAUCUCUUAUUAAUUGAUUCUGAUUCACAAGCUAAAUAUUGUCCUUUUCAGGAAGUAAACUUGAUGUAAAGAACUGUGAAGCUCUUGAGGAAGUGUUUAGAAGGGUCAGAACUAAGACAUUAGACUUGGAAAACACAGGAUUAGAUGAUGAUGUAAGCUCCACUUGUGGAGGAUGUUAGAUGACUAUUAAUUUUUAGACAAGUGGAUGUCCUUUUUUUAUUUUUCUUGCACCAGAUUUGAUUCCUGUCACUGUUUAUUUUUUUUCAUUUGUUCCUUUGCUUUUCUUGUUUGCAGGGGGCUGUUUCAUUGCUGGAAAUGGUUGAGUUCUACAAGACCACUUGUAAGCUCAACUUGGCUUAUAAUACCAAAAUUAAAAUCAGAGGCUGGCAAGCUCUUUCUAGGACUUUGAAGAAGGUAAAAAAGUGGCAUGAUUGAAGUUGCUCCUGCAUUUUUCUGUAAUAUUAAUGUAAAUACCUCAAUGAAAAUCUAAGGAAUUUUGAUUUUAAAAAUUUCCUAUUCUUAUCCACGUGGAGUUCUAACACACUCUGACUGAUUUUGAUCAUUGAAUCUGUUUGAUCCUUUUUGUUGACAGACUCCAUGCUUAGAGUAUCUGGACAUAAGAAACACAUUGUGGACAGAACAGUCCCUACCUCUCUUAGGACGGUCAUUAAGGCUAGACUGUUGUCUGACUGUGUUACACAUGGAAAACGCCAAUCUGUCAGGACGGUCACUGUUUCUUCUUGGUAUGUGAAUGUUUGUUCCACAUGUUUUUUUCAGCCUGCAUCCUACAAUAUCAUAGUUACAAAAUAGAAGAAAACAUCACAUGUGAGUUAGAGAAACAUUGCAUAUUAGAUAACACUUACUAGGUAAAGGACACCUCACAUAUUUUUAAAAUUACAUAUUUACAUAUCACACCCCUGAUCACUCGAGGGGAUGCUGGUCCAUUACAAGGGUUCCUUCAAGUGAUAUCCAUUUAUAUUCAAGAAAGGAAAAGAGCUGGAGCUAGCCAAGCUUAGUAACUUAAAGAACAUCAUAACAGUAGAGACUGGACCCAGCAUGAAGUCUCAGCUGCAUCAAAGUGACUGCAGUGAAUCACCUUUAUUUGAAUACUUUCUUUUUCCUGUGUUUAUAGCCAGUGCAGUGAAGUUUAAUCACACCCUUCAAGACUUGUUUCUUGGUGAUAAUAAGCUCAUAUCAUCAGAUGGACAGACAUUGGGUGCCAUGCUGAAGGGAAAUGACCACCUUCAAUUGCUAGAUUUAAGGAACAAUCCAUUACAGGUACCAUUUUUAAUCUACUUGUUACUACAACUAGGCUCUUCCAGUUUUCUUAGUGUAAAAGUUUAAAGGGCUUUUUGCAUUUUGCUGGGUGAAACAGUUUUGGAGUUGGAUUAUUGACCUUUUUUAACAAAACUGCAAAAGAUGUAAACAGGGACUUCAAAGGAAAAAAAAAACAGUUCAUCCAUGUAGCACCCUUUCUAUUAUGAUCUGUUUAACAAAUUAACAACAAUUUUCCAUGGUCUGUAUUCUUAUCAACCAUAAAAAUGACAUCAACAUAUUCAAAAACUCAAGUGGAGCCACAAACCGCAGGUUUCACUCCGAGGUUUUGAACAUUUUGUGAGGUCAUUUCUAUGGUAGAUAAGCGUGCAGACCAUGGAAAAUUGUAAUAAAUAAUAGUGACAAUUUUGACAUCCAUUUCGAAUGAAGUUUCCUGGAAAAUCAAUGAAAAAGAGAGAAAACGUUGCACCACCAUCAAGUCAUUACCAGGGUCUGUACUCUUAUCGAACAUAGCUGUCCACCAAUCAGUGUUCAAGAAAUCGCUCUGUUAAUUAUUGUAAAAUAAGUAUUUCUCUGGCAGGUGUUAGUUGGGAAUAUGUUAGAUAUUCAUAAUUUUUUUUGCUUUUAUGUAGGACAUGGGUAUAGGUUAUAUAUGCGAAGGUUUAGCUGAACAGCACAAUGGUGGACUACAAACUCUGGUGCUUUGGAGUACUCAGCUUACAAGCCAUGGAGCAGGCUACCUGGCUAAUGCACUGGUGAGAUUUACUUCAGGGUUGGAAUAUUGAGCAACUAUGACAGUGACAGCGACAAAUGCAAGGUGGAACGUCCACAAAGGAAAAAGCUUUAUGACCAAAACAUCAACUCUGUUGAGUACAUUUCCUUACUGCAGCCAUUGCAUGACUACAAAGUGAAAUUUGCUUAAAUGAUGUUUCAAUAAGGACAUAAAACAAACAAGGACAAAAUUUACCUUUUUGUUGUAAACUUGAAUACUAUUCCUGGGACAUGAACUCCAGAAGAAUUUGCCUCUAUUAAUUUUGUCAAAUUCGAAUUUGAAUACUGGUAGUAGUUUGAGAGAAAGUUAAUUCUAUUAAUUUAGUGACAUUUUCUUUGUCGUUGUUGCUGUUGAACAUGUGAUUGGCAAAACUGGCAGAAGAUUGAACAGGAAAUGUAAAUACUUAUUGAGGAGAGGAAUUUUUUGCAGUUUGCAUAGAGUUUGACAAUUUAUUCAGUUCAAUACAUAUUCAGACUGGUGGUGGAAACAUGAUGUGUAGUGUGUGUUUUUUUUUUAAAAUCAACUCGCUGAUUUUUCUUCAUUUGUAGUUGUGCACCAAUUCUCUUCAAACUCUUAACCUUGGACACAAUCGCCUGACUAAUGAUGGAAUUCACGCACUGAAAGAAGGUCUCCUGAGGAACCAGUCCAUACAGAGACUUGGCCUUUCAAAUACAAGACUUUCCAGUGAAGGUAGGGAAAACCAUAAACACACAUUGCUCAUAGAAGAGUAACAGAUGCUGGAUUCUUGAUCAAUGAAAUUUGCCUCAAAGUUGCCAUGACAGGAUUGCCUAACCCUGACACAAUUAAACCCAUCUUAUGUUGUUUGUGGCCAUGUCAUCUAGUUUUAUGUUGCUGUUUCAAGGCCAUGUCUCUUGUCGGAAUUUAACUCUAACAGGGCCUUGUUAAGGGCAUGCAUAAGUUUCUAAUACUCUCUUAUUUUGGUAGGAAUAAUUGCUCUUGCUGAGGUGAUUGCAGACAGUAAAACAAUCCUAAGAGUGGAUCUUCGUAACAAUGAUCCAUAUGUCGGGGGACUGAUGGCUCUUUCACUUGCACUCAAGGUCAACAAUACCCUUGUGAGGAUAGACUUGGAUAAAGAACUCAAAAAGGAACCAGUGAGUUCUUUGUUAUUUAAAUAGCUCUUUCUUUUUGGAUGAAGAGAAUAUGAAGAGAGAAUUAGCAGUAUUGUUAAUACUAUCAUUAUUAUUAUUAUUAUUAUUAUUAUUAUUAUUAUUAUUAUUAUUAUAAGGUCUGUGUAUAGUCUCCUUCUUGUGCAGUCACAAAGAAGUCACACGGGGAGCUGCACACAAAAGAAGACACGAGUGCGAGGGGUGGAGAAAGAAAGGAGAGCUUGCAACAAUCGCUCACAAAUUUUCAUUGCCAUCCUGGAAACCGCAGGAAACCGCAAAGCAAUAAAACUGUCACCGGAAACAAGAAAUGUGUCAGCCACUUUUCAAUAUAAUACCCUCAUUCAAAUGUGCCAGUUACACUAACGCUCCAACAAAAGCAAAAUAUUGCAAUUUUGCACUAAGACAACGGAGGCGUGUUGCUUUUUAAAAAGCCCCUGCAUCCUGUUUACACCUCAGUGUCAACAGAAAUCGUAUUUGUUACUUUAUUUGUCAAUAUUUAUCACCAGAUGUUUCUUUCCUUUUUUUUUGUUGAGCACACCGACCAUCCAUGUAUGUGCCUGGAUCUAAAAAUCAACACGUUGAUUCUGCUUUCACUGUGUGGAAACUCACACAACUGCGUAAUGUUUUCCUGGUAACUUCUACACUGCAUUCCCUUGUUAGUCUUUUGAAUUGCUGGUUUAUGUAAGCUGCAGGCUGGAGCUCCAAAGUGAAACUUUAAAAAAAAGCCACCACACAAUCCACAGUAAUUUUUCAUGGAAGGAAAGGGCGAUCUUCUUCCUUGCCAGCAAUUCUUUCUUGGAGAAAGAAGCAAUUACCCUGAAAAACCUCUGGCUCCCCGGAUAAGGAGCAAUCUACCCAACUGAUUUCCGAAAGCAUCAGCAAAAAUUUAUGGUGGGUCUGCCAGGACUGUCAUCAAUGAACUUUAACUUCUGGAAUGUUAUUUUUCAGCCAGUGGUAUUUCGCUUUGUCUGGGUGAAGCAGACAUGAAAAUUUAUAAGUGAUUGUUGCCAGCUCUCCUUUUCCUCCCCCGCUCCAGGCUUUGCUGCUCACUCAUGCAUUUGCUCACCACUUGAAAUGGAGAGCUUGCUCGCAGGCUACACUGUGUAAGGCAUUACAACAUUGCUGAGUACAUGUGAUUUUGCCAAGUCAAAUAUGUGUGUUCAGUGGCACUGAUAAUCAGCUACCCUUUCUAUCCCCUCUUUUGGCUAAAAGCACUUAUAGGGUGUUUUCACAGCUCGUAUUGAGUGACUUGUAUUUAUUUGUUUUCAUCAGGGCAUGGAAACCACACAGAGGAUUAUCCUUGCUGACAUCUAUGGCUAUUGCCAGAGAAACAAGAUGCAAGCAAAGGAGCAUGAGGAGCGUCAACUUGCCAAUAACAGCCAGACUGAAGAAGGAACAGCCAGUGAAACAGAAAGCAUUCAUGGUGUGACAAGACAUGCAGAAAACCUUCAGUCCGAGAGUCAGGAUAAACUUGUUGCUUCAGCUCCUCCACAACUAAUUCAGUUAGAGAAUCCUCCAGAUAUCAAGGAGGAGCUCAAAGUACUGACUGCAGACUAUCCAGCCUGCAAUUCACGGUUUAAAGUUACUACUGUACAAGAAGAAGAUGAGGAACACACCUCACAAGAUUCUAGCUCCAGUGGAGAAGAGCUUGUUAAUGGCGGCAAUGAAUUGCCACUUGUAGAUUUAUCAGAGGAUUCCAAUUGUUUUCCAAAAUUGAACAGUACAAGCCCAACUAGUGACUUGCACAACAGUAGUGCCAGUUUGUCUGGUGACUUGCGUGACAGCAAUACCAGUGUGACUGGUGAAUUGUUUCACAGUAACAAGAGCAUGUCAGGUAGCUUACAUGAUCAGAUGCCAAGUGAUCCACUUGUUAAUUUAGAUGAUUCUGCUCAGUCAUGGGGUUUGAUUUUACAGCCAAAUGCAACUCCUGCAAACCUCUCAGUACAAACAGAUGUAAGGUCCACAGGUAAGCAGAUUGCAUGCUCUUUAGAACAGGUUUCCAUGAGAAUGCAAAUCAGUUUUUGAAAUACUGCUGAAGAAUUUACAUUAAUUUUAAUUGAUGAAAUGUUGAAAUACUGCAUAACAUAUCGUGCAAGUCAUGAUUUCAGUGAGAACCAGAAAAGAUAAAUAGUUUUUCAAUGAAAGCUGGUCGAAUGGAGCAAACUGGAAAGAAGUAAUUAACAAUAACUUAAUACCAGUGUGUUGGGUAAGCACAGUUGAACCGCUUUAGUGGCCACUUCCUAGAUUACUGGGUGACAAAAGUUUCAUCAAAUCGCCAGAAACAUGACCUCUAUGAAGAGACGAAUUGUACCUGUGUCAUGGGAACCCUUAAAAGAAGUUCAAAAUGUAAAUUCUAAGCUGAAAAUUUUCUGAUAAUUUUGUCUGCUGGGACUCUGAUGGUGGCUGUUGAACAGGAGGUCUGCUUAGUAGAUUACGUUUGUAUCUUCAGUUUCUUUCUUAAACAAUUCUUACUUGUUUAGAGCCUAGUCCCUCACCUAGUGAACUGGAGAAGCAGCUUGAUACCACGUUAGGAGACAAGAGAGUAAACGAAAGGAACCACAAUCCGUUGAUGAAUAACGUUCUGAAGACACAAGGUAAGUAGAUCAGAUAAAUAUGCUGUUGUACUCUUGUACUUCAAGCUUGUGACUGGUGGAUUAAAAGAAUGUGUAAAUACCGGUAGGUGGUGAAUUGUAGGAUUAUUUCUUGGUAGUAACUUACAAACAAGAUCUAGUGUUUCCACAGUCUGUUGUAGUGGAAGUUUUUAGAAAGCUUUGUAAUAGAAAUUCUUUAUGUUUUUUUCAGAAUUUUGGAAAAAACAGAUGGACGACCUCAUAAAAGGCACAACAAAUAACACACCCCCUCCCCCCACAGUAUCUCCUGAUGGCACACGCAACACUACAGAUUUACUAAGUUAAUGGGGAAUUUUUAAAUGCACAAAAGUGACAAUUAUUCACUUGAAUGUUACGACAAUUUAACACAAGUGAAGAUAAAAAACUUCUAUCAUCUUAACGACAUUUUUUUUUCUAAUUGUUUUUACAUGUAGAUGAAUUCUGGUUCUUGAUAGAAUUUAUCCGAAAAUAAUGAUGAAAUAUUUUUUGACCUUGUGGUGUUUUAUAUGUGUGCCACAUGAAGGAGAUCACUUGCUAAGGUUCGAAAAUUGCUUACUUGGUAGAUAAUUUCAAAGUGUUGUCUGUAGGCCUGCUAUUAAAAAGAAAUUGUUUCAUUAUUUUCUCCUAUUGUCACCUACCAUCGUGCGCCUUCACUCACUUUGCUCAGCGGAUUCUCCCCAGAUAAAAAGGAUCUGGGAAUAAAUCAAUCAUAUUACAUGACCCAAGCUUAGCCUUUGAUGCUGAGGGUCUUUUGAUGCAAAAGAUUCUUAUUGUAAAAUCAUUAUAUUAUAACUAUUGUUAACUUGGUUAUUACAAGCAUGAGAUUUUAUGGCUAAAAUUAAGUUAGAAACAUUUUUGUAUAAUACUGUUUUGUAUACAUUGUUGAAAAGUUACGAAAACUCAUUUGUUAAAUGUACUUAGGACUUAGUAGAAUCGCUAACUAUUUUUACUUUUUUUAUUCCCCAAAUGUGGAAACCAAAAUUGCAGUGUAUUCAUUCAGAUUUAUUUUCCUUUCUACACACAGAAUUAAUUCAAUCACAAACAAAUAUAAAGAGCUAAAAAUAUAAAAUUAACAAACUUGCCCGUGGCUCAUGGUUCCACUUAACUUUUCGACAUGUUGACGUCAUUUCUAUGCUCUGUCAGAGAAUAGACCAUAGAAAAUUGUUGUCUAUUUGUUUUCUAGAAUAACAUUGACAGUUUUCCAGCAAGUGAAAGAGAAAAAUAUAUUUUCGCACCACUGUUGACCAUAGCUCUCGACCAGUUAUUGUAAAAACACAAAGUGAUGACUGACUCCUUGUACAUUAUGGGACCGACAUUAUGUAAUUUCAUUUGAAGAGUUAUGAUAACAGGGUAUCCACCCAAUCUGUUUGUGUAUGAAUUAUAGGAAUGUACAAUGACCCUACGAUGGUAUUUAGCUUAAGUUUUAUGGUGAUAAGAAACAUCUUAAAAAAUGCAUGGAUCAAUCCUAAAUAAGUGUCAAGAUAUCUUAUCAGGUUUGUCAACCUUUAAGGAUUACAAUCUGAGCAGUAAUUUAAACACGUUUUGAAUCUUAUCUUGUUCUUAUCUUGGGCUAACUCAACAACCUAUGCAAUAACUUAAUUUUUGAUUAUGAACAAAAGGGUCGACAAACUUAACAAGAUACAUAAACGCACAGUUUUGAUUAAGCGUGCAAGCAAAUUGUGUGGGUAACCUGUGCUGUUUUUGUCACUCAUUCAUACAAUCUUACAGUUUUUCUACCGUUUCCUUCUUAACACAAAUUAAGCUCGCCAUAACUUGACGGAGAACAAUAAAAUGAGGAAAUUAGGUUAGUUAAAUUCCUGAUUUUAGACCAAAUACCUUUCCUUUAACCUCCUAUUUUUCUUUCAAAAUUCUAUAUUUUUAGGAUUUAUUUCAUCAAUGUUAAGAAAUGCAACAAUUGCUAUGUGUCGAAAACGUUUUGUGUAUGCAUAGAUAAGGAAUUAUAACUUGACACUUAAGAAAACAUAAUCUUAGUUCAUACAAUUUUUUUGACUUUAAAUAAUGGCAUACAUAUAUAUGUAUUUAUAAUGAUAUAGACUCAACGUUUGAUAGCACAUUUAAUCUAAUUUUGAAAUACCACAGCU